CACAGAUGUCACAGCUUUCCAUCUCUAUGGGCAAGACAAGAUAGGACCUUUCCUCUUAAAGAGGAACUUGUUUACCAUAAUGAAAACAUUAUAAACUGCCAAUUGAGGUGCUACAGGAGAAGUCAAGUCAGUUAUGUAUUUUAUUAGCUAGAAUGAACCAUUUCAGAGUGAAAAUUACAUUCAUUUUUUUUUAUUGGGAAGACAACCCUCUCUGGGGGUUGGGGGAAGACUUUGUAGGUGCGGCUUCCGGAAAAUGUUCCGGGUGAAACGCAGCAAACUGACGAGCGUUUUACUUCCUGUAGUCCCAGCUGUCACAUGAAGCUAGUUGUCUGCUGUUAGACAUGCACUGAUUAAAAACACUCAAAAACUAUGACUUCGUCUGUAAACGGAAGAGUAUUGGAUGAAGAUAUGGACAAUCAAAUUGUACAGGCUGUGUGUGUAGAGGAUGGGAUAGGGGGGGUGUCGGGGUCGAUCGGGAUGUCAGACUUCUCCGAUGAGAUCUUGUUAAGUAUCCUGGUCUAUGUCUCCACCUCUGACCUUGUGAAUAACGUUUCCCGGACCUGCCGCAAGCUACACACGCUCUGCUAUGACAAGACACUGCUGACCACGGUCACACUGUCUGAAGAAUACACGGCAGAUGACGGCGCUAUUCGCCAGGUGCUGAAGCAUCUAUCCAAUCACGUGCAGUCCCUCAGCCUCAGCGGCUGCUAUUGGCUGUCGGGUUCUACCAUCGACCGUGUGAUUCGCUGUCGCUCCCUGGUGCGUCUGGACCUAUCAGGUUGUCGGGUGACCUCCCUGCGUCUGUCCCGUCUCCUCUCCUCCCUCCCCCUCCUCCGAUCUCUCUCUUUUGACGUGGCGCCCGGCUUCGAUUCCGCCCAGCUGAGUGGCGAGGCCCGUGAUUCGCUGUCUCGGCUGUCGGAGCUGAGACAGACGGUGUUGACGCCCAGUUACGGCGUUGUCCCCUGCUGCUCCGGCCUCUUCAGUCUACAGCUGCAGCUGGACAUACCUGACGUCACCAGGGAGGGUACCGGUAUGUCUUGCCAGUUGAUGAUGGGUCAGAGCAGUGUCCCUCACUACCAACAGUUGGAGGAGUUUACUGCCCGCCUGGCGCCUGGAGAGGUGAACCAGACUCUACUCCUCCUCUACCUCGCUGUGUUCAGGUGUGUGUGUGUUUGUAAUGUGUGUGUGUGUGUGUGUUUAGGUGAACCAGACUCUACUCCUCCUCUACCUCGCUGUGUUCAGGUGUGUGUGUGUUUGUAAUGUGUGUGUGUGUGUGUGUGUGUGUUUAGGUGAACCAGACUCUACUCCUCCUCUACCUCGCUGUGUUCAGGUGUGUGUGUUUGUAAUGUGUGUGUGUGUGUGUGUUUAGGUGAACCAGACUCUACUCCUCCUCUACCU